CUAUUUAUAUAGGGUUUAAGUACAACACAUCAAGUAUCAUCUCUCACAAAAAUCGAAGUAUUAGCACCAUGACUGAGGCUGGAGAAUUAGCUAGGUUCUUAACCAAGUUAUUUAUGUGUGUGGCAGGCUUAGCAUCUAGUGCGUUGAUGUACCCGAAUGUAUGCAUUGCUACAAGAAAGUAUUACCCUACCGCUAAUCAUCACUUGCUAUUCCUUUCCAUGGUCACACCCCCCUUAUGCGCAGCACAUUGUUUUCUUCGAUUCUUAGAUCAACGAAACUUAUCGGACUUGUUCUAUAACAAGCAAACAGAACUCAUAUCCAGAACACGAGAACGACUUGGCACUCUGAUUUACUUUUUACGUGGGUUCUAUGGUCUAUGGAUCUACCUUAACGCCAACAACAGCACUGACAUGGAGCCUAGCUUGGAUCUUUCGAAGAAUUUUGCUGCAAUUUCCAUUCUUGUACUCACCUACGUGAAGUUUAUUGGAAAGAGUGAAGAUUCUUUAGCUGUUGCCCGUGCAGUUAUCCAACACAGUAUUUUAGCUGCAAUUCUUGCCAUGCUCGAUGGUUUAGACAUGAAAUCUUUAGCAACGGCACUUUCACCUAUCAUACCUUCAAUCAUUGUACUGGUCACUCCUAAGAUGGAGAAGCUCCACUUGGAUGAGAACCUGGACGACGAGGGUAUAUAUUGCAAAGAAUAGGAGACAUAAGUGCCUUAAUAACUCUCCUCAAGGCAUGGCUUUUUUAAUGAUAGAAAAGAUAUUAUCUCAUGUAAGAGAUGAAAUUAUCUCACUUGA